AUGGCCAACGUCACCACCAACAUCAAGAACCUCGACUCCUUUCAAGCCGGCAAAACCGGAGCCUACAACCCAGGCGACCUCCGCAUCUGGUACGACAACCGCACAUUCAAAGGCUUCGAGGACAAACUCUCCCGCUUCCAAUCCUACUAUCUCUCCGGCCUCUCCUACCUCAAUCGACCCUCCCUUUUCUUCCCGCGAGACCUCGUUCCCGGAAACCUCCGCAUAAUAUGGUAUACCCAUACCGGCACCCAAGGCGAGCGAGAUUGGCCCUUGCAUCAGUACCUGGCCGUCAAGGAAAUGUUCGACUACUUGAGUAAUGAGGGUUGCCGGCCGAUGAUACUGGGCUACAGUGAGGAGAAUCCGUUUCCGAUGUUAGGUGGUGUGGAGCCGCCGAAGCCGAAGGAGAGGAAGGCGCCGAGGGUGGCGACGACGUGGAGUAAUCAUGUCGCAGGGCAUAGUGAGGCGUUGGGAGAGACGCCACAUGAUCGGGUGAUGAGAAUUAUCGAGGAGGACGAGGCGAGGGAGGCGAGGUUGAGGGAGUUGCAGGUCCAGGAGUGGGGGGAGGAGAAUGUCGGGAGGGGAGGGGCUGGGCUGGUUUAG